CUAAAUCGCUUCGAAACUCCCCUCACCCCAGAAAGGCUCUGGCUGGCAUUCGUCAUUCACUCGUGAGCUCUUUGUGCAGGAAAAUGGGAAAUUCACUCAGUGAACGCGAGAAAAAUGAAGCUGACUUUGGAGAGGAAUUGCACGAUAUAGUGCAACAAAUAUAUCCAGAACAUGCUGAUUACAUUACUGGUAUGUUACUGGAGUUAGACUGCAAUGAACUCAAACGAAUUCUAACCUCAACAAAUCGUGAAGAGCUUCUUUGUAAGAUUCACAAAGCUGCAGGGCAUGUACUUCCCGAAAGGUUAGAUUGUCAACUGGUCAAAGAUAGCGCAAGUGAACAAAGCACAAACCCUGAAAAUCCUUGUCUUUCUUUCAGAGGGAAUUCACAUGUUAGAGACUCAUCCACAGAUAUAUCUGAUAAAAGUAAUAAAUUAGAAAGAUGCAGCAUUUUACCUUCUGGAUCCUCUACACACCACAAUGACAGUUUUAAAACAAAACAAGCCUUAGGUGAACAGAUGUAUGCCUUGAUUGAAGAGCAAUAUCCAGAUGAUGCAGAAAAAUUGACAGGAAUUUUGCUAGAAAUGGAUAUUCAAAGUUUAGAGCUCAUGAUCAAGGAUUCAAACUUGUUAGAACAAAAACUGGGAGAAAUCAUAUCACUUUUGGAAAAUGACUCUGGACAAAUCAAAAAUAGCCAAACGGAGACAGCACAGAGACAAUGUCAAGAUAAGACUUCUAUCGGAGAAGAACUUUAUAGUUUGGUUAGUGAACUUGGCUGCGAUCAAGCUGACAAAAUCACAGGGAUGCUUCUAGAAAUGGAUGCUUAUGAUUUAGAAGUGAUCCUCAUAGACCAAGAGGUGUUAAAAGAAAAAGUGAAUCAGGCAUUAUGGGCACUCAAUAAUCAGAGUGACAUAAGUGAAACUAUAUCAUCCUCAACAGGACAGGAAGACAAAGCAGUUUAUGGUGAACAACUGUAUUACAAAAUCUGUGAAUGGUUCCCAGAGAAUGCAGACAAAAUCUCCGGUAUGUUAUUAGAAAUGAAUAUUGCUACUUUAGAAAUGUUGCUUAAUGAUUCUGCAGCACUACAAGAAAAAGCUGCAUAUGCUGCAAGCAUCCUCACCACAACAAAAACUAACAGUGAAACACAACACAGUCUACCACCUUCUGAAAAAUCUGAAGCAGAAACAAUAAAAAGGUUAGAAGAGAAGCUCUAUGAUAUAAUAAAUGAUUGGUAUCCAGGAAAAGCUCAUAAAUUGACAGGCAUGUUGAUGGAUAUUGACAGUGCAGCAUUGGAGAAUUUGGUUUUAAACAAGCAGAUGUUGAAGGAAAAAGUUGAGGGAGCAUUAGCUGUCCUACACAGAAUGGAACAAACUAGCUCAAACAGUCAUGAAGGCCCAUUUUGCAGGGAACCAACUAAACACUGCAGCCCAGGAGAUUCCAUGAAAGAUGAGUUGGGAGAACAACUGUAUGUGAAGAUUGAGGAGUCACAUUCUGAAAAUGCUGAUAAAAUCACAGGAAUGCUUUUGGAAAUGAGUGUAGAAGACCUUCACAGACUUCUGAAAAAUCCUCUGGAACUUCAAGAAAAAAUAAUGCUUGCAGAAAAUGUCUUAAAAAUAGACUGAUAUUACCAUUAAAAAAAUGUUUAAUGAUGUAUUGGAUGGUAUUUUAAGGUGAAAGACAAGACAAAGGCAUGAAUGAAACCA